UCCUUGCGCCUGCGCCACUACCUGGCCGAGGCCAGUGCGCAGGCCCCGACUGGCGGGACUGUAGCCAUGGCUUGGGUGCCGUCGGAGUCUGCAGUGGAAGAGUUGAUGCCCCGGCUAUUGCCGGUGGAGCCCUGCGACCUGACGGAAGGCUUCGAUCCCUCGGUACCUCCCAGGACGCCUCAGGAAUACUUGAGGCGGGUCCAGAUCGAAGCAGCCCAGUGUCCAGAUGUUGUGGUAGCCCAAAUUGAUCCAAAGAAGUUGAAAAGGAAGCAGAGUGUGAAUGUUUCCCUUUCAGGGUGCCACCCUGCCCCUGAGGGUUACUCCCCAACGCUUCAGUGGCAGCAGCAACAAGUGGUACAGUUUUCAACUGUUCGACAGAGUAUGAACAAACAUAGAACCCACUGGAAAUCCCAGCAGUUGGAUAGUAAUGUGACCAUGCCAAAAUCUGAAGAUGAAGAAGGCUGGAAAAAAUUUUGUCUAGGUGAAAGAUUAUGUGCUGAAGGGGCUGUUGGACCACCUACAGAUGAAUGUCCUGGAAUUGAUUAUGUACAAAUUGGCUUUCCUCCCUUGCUUAGUAUUGUAAGCAGAAUGAAUCAGGCAACAGUCACUAGUGUCUUGGAGUAUCUGAGUAAUUGGUUUGGAGAAAGAGAUUUUACUCCAGAAUUGGGAAGAUGGUUUUAUGCUUUAUUGGCUUGUCUUGAAAAACCUUUAUUACCUGAGGCUCAUUCUCUAAUUCGGCAACUUGCAAGAAGGUGCUCAGAAGUAAGGCUCCUAGUGGGCAGCAAAGAUGAUGAAAGGGUUCCUGCUUUGAAUUUAUUGAUCUGCUUAGUUAUCAGGUAUUUUGACCAGCGUGAUUUAGCUGAUGAGCCAUCUUGAUGCAACUUACCUCUGGGGGAUAGAAGAUAUUUCUGCUGAAGGCAGCCUCAGUCUGAGGAAACACAGUGCCAGUUUGAGGAUAGAGUAUGUCACUUCUUCACUAUGUGGAGGGUCUCAUCUUAAUCUGUGCAGAUCAGUCUGAUAUUUGGAAUACAGACUGAAUUGGUCUGACUCUGAAAUAUCUAAGGAAACUCCCACCUGAUACCUGAUGAGCAGUUUGAAUACUUCAGUCACACACACUGAAAAUAAAGCCAAUGUAACUCAUUACAAAAGCACCUUGCAUAAAAACUGAUGCAUUUUAUCCAGGCCCCCGCUGCUGUUUCAUUGCUUGUUUACAUGUGUGCAUAAAAACUUUUGUUGGAAAUGUA